CACAUUUUAUCUUGAACGGAAGUUGAAGGGCUAGCCACUUCCGCUAAAUACGUCGUUACUUGUGGAUUGCAAGAAUAUAAUCACCGCUGUUCUGGUCCAGAAGGCCAAAUAGCGACAGGAUCAUGUUGCGCCUGCCAAAUGUUGGCCGAGCUUUGGCCGGAGCCACCAAGGGCAGCUUGGCUCCAUCCUAUACCAUGCCGGUUAACGUGCGUGCUGCUAGCAACAUGGUGGAGGUGUUUGUUGACGGGAAGCCAUUGGAGGUGGAGUCUGGUACUACUGUUCUACUGGCCUGUGAAAAGGCAGGAAUCCAGAUCCCACGGUUCUGCUACCAUGAGCGCCUCUCAGUGGCCGGAAAUUGCCGCAUGUGUCUAGUAGAGAUUGAGAAAGCUCCAAAGCCGGUGGCAGCCUGUGCUAUGCCCGUCAUGAAGGGCUGGAAUAUCCUCACAAACUCAGAAAAGACUCGCAAAGCCAGAGAGGGAGUGAUGGAAUUUCUCUUAGCCAACCACCCAUUGGACUGCCCAAUUUGUGAUCAGGGAGGAGAGUGCGACUUGCAGGAUCAGUCCAUGCAGUUUGGCUCCGACCGCAGUCGUUUCACAGAGCAGAAACGAGCAGUGGAAGACAAAAACAUUGGACCGCUCAUCAAAACGAUCAUGACUCGUUGCAUCCAGUGCACACGCUGCGUUCGAUUUGCCAGUGAAAUUGCUGGAGUUGAAGACUUGGGAACAACCGGAAGAGGAAACAACUUGCAAAUCGGGACUUAUGUGGAGAAGAUGUUCAUGUCUGAGUUGUCUGGAAACGUUAUUGAUAUUUGCCCCGUUGGCGCUCUCACUUCCAAGCCGUAUGCCUUCACCUCACGGCCAUGGGAAACCAGGAAAACGGAGUCAAUUGAUGUGUUGGAUGCCGUGGGCAGUAACAUUGUAGUGAGCACAAGAGGGGGGGAAGUGAUGAGGGUGCUGCCCAGGCUGCAUGAAGACAUUAAUGAAGAAUGGAUCUCUGACAAGACCAGGUUUGCUUACGAUGGUCUGAAGAGGCAGCGGUUGACGCAGCCGAUGGUAAAGGAUGAAUCGGGUCAACUGACCCCAGUCAGUUGGGAGGAUGCACUGACUCGUGUGGCUGGAGCUCUGCAAGGUGUACAGGGCAGCGAAGUGGCAGCCAUCGCAGGAGGCUUGGCAGAUGCUGAAGCUCUCGUCUCCCUUAAAGAUCUCCUCAACAGGUUGAACUCGGAAAGCCUCUGCACUGAGGAGGUCUUCCCCAUGGCUGGAGCUGGCACCGAUUUGCGGUCCAACUACUUGUUGAACACGCGCAUUGCCGGCAUUGAGGACUGUGACCUGCUUCUACUGGUUGGGACUAAUCCACGUUACGAAGCUCCGUUGUUCAACGCCAGAAUUCGCAAGAGCUGGCUUCAUAAUGAGCUGCGUGUUGCCCUGGUUGGUCACAAUAUUGACCUGAGUUACACCUAUGACCAUCUUGGAGAGGAGACAUCUGUGCUGAAAGAACUGGCUGAUGGAACACAUGCAUUCUGCCAGGUCCUCGCAGCUGCAAAGCGUCCGGUCGUCAUAGUUGGAAGUAGCGCUUUACAGCGAGAAGACGGUGCUGCUAUUUUCAGUUCAAUCUCCUCAAUCGCUCAGAAUGCCAGAAGCAGUAGCGGAGUGGAGGAAGGGUGGAAAGUGCUCAAUGUCCUGCACAGAGUGGCCAGUCAAGUAGCAGCUCUGGACUUGGGCUACAAGGCCGGUGUGGAUGCCAUCAGGACAAACCCACCCAAAGUCUUGUUCUUGAUGGGAGCUGAUAGUGGGUGUAUCACACGAGCUGAUCUUCCUAAGGACAGCCUCAUCAUCUACCAGGGUCAUCAUGGUGAUCUUGGCGCAACUAUGGCGGAUAUAAUCCUCCCCGGUGCUGCGUACACAGAGAAAAAUGCCACAUAUGUCAAUACGGAGGGGAGGAGCCAACACACCCGUGUAGCCGUGACAGCGCCGGGAAUGGCCCGAGAAGACUGGAAGAUUAUCAGAGCUGUGGCGGAGCUAGCAGGUGUGACGCUCCCCUACGACUCGUUGGACGAGGUCCGAUCCAGACUUGCUGAGGUGUCUCCAAACCUGGUGCGAUAUGAUGACGUGGAAGAGGCAAACUAUUUUAAGCAAGCAAAUGAACUUGUCAAGGGGAUAAAACAAGACCUAAUUGCGGCGCCUCUGAUACCGCCUCAGCUUUCAGUAAAGGACUUCUACAUGACGGAUGCCAUCAGCAGAGCCUCGCAGACAAUGGCCAAGUGUGUGAAAGCCAGCACAGAGGGCGCCACCGCUGUCGAUGAGCCCUCCAUUUGUUAAACAGCAAUUCGCGUCCAUAGACUUUUAGGUCUACUGAAACAAUCCACACUUCUCUAAACACAGUUUUGCAGCAAAUUAAUUUAAAUAUGUCAUAGUUGUUGUUGUAGCCACCCCAAUUACUUUAACUCCUGAAGAACAAGCUUUGUUGGGGUGAGGCUUUAAUGUACAAAAUGAAUAAAAUAUUAUCCAAAUGGCUUCA